AUGCUUUUCAGACGAGACUUCAUCCCCACCGUCCUGGCCCUGGCCUUAUCUGCAACGCGUGCUGAGGCCACUAUCGCAAUUGGAACUGCCGCAGGUUUCAACGUGAUGUGGGUUGAUGGCACCGACCCCUGCCGCUGGACUCGCAUCAACGACCAGGGCGAGAACCCGUGCAACGUCCAUCUCGCCAACGGGCUCUCCAAUGGGUUCAAGUACACGUUGCAGGGCUGCGGCGGCCCCCUGUGGCUGGAUAAUGAUGACGGCUCCUUCAACAGCAACUGCCACUCUGCAGGGGCCAACCUCGCCUGCAACGUGAGACGGACUUACCUCUGCUAG